GUACACGCCAGAGGUUCACUUCAGGUGCCUCAAGUCCUCCAGCCGCUCCUGCCUGCAGUUGUUACUGCGCUCUUCAUACGCCCUAACAUAGUCGAAAAGCUGCCAACACUAGUUUUCUUCGAGGUGCUACAUUUGUUCUAAUGUUGCAACAGUUGAACUAAGGGCUGAAGAUUAUGGCUUCUCCUGCUACUAAAUGGGUUUCAUACAAAUUUGAAAAUAUUCAAAAUUUCAGACAUUGUUUCAAUUGAAACAGUUUAAAAUUUGUCUUUUAUGGAAAGCUGGCUUCUUUUAUGUGUGUAUUGAGCUAUGCUCGAUUUGAUAGCUUAUUGCACUUUCAAUAAGCUCGGCCAUAAAGCGCAGACAUCAGUGAAAUUGAAAUCUGUGAGCCAGAUCGCAAUGCGCGUAUCGCGAUUGUCUUGAUCCUGAUCGGGCCUGAUUGCAAUUAAAUGUUCCAGUGUGACACCGAUAUUAGUCAACACUCAGACUCAGAUCGGGCCUCUCCAACAGAGGCUUCACUGCCAACAAACUGUUCCAGUGAUUCAAGGAGCAUCACCAUCUCAAGCAGAGUUAGUGAGCAAAAGUAUUGAGCAAUAAAAUAAGUGAAUAUGAUAAAAGGCAACGACGUAAUAUUCGAGCCAUGCAUCACUUUCUUUUCAUUCCUUCUGUGUAGUUUCCACUGGGUUCAUGAUGGCAAAAAGAAAAAGCGUGGUUUUCUUGCUUUGUAAUGAAAGGUAUUGAAAUCUUUUUGCAGCAGGAUGUUUAUGAGCAACAAAGUUGUCCUAUGAUAACCUAGAAAGUUGUGGUAGGGCGUCUUUAAUACAACAAAUAUUUUAGACCAUGUCUGGUUGCUAAUGUUACGGGUACUACAUCACACCCAGUGAGUGGCCGUGGGGACAUUAUUGAGUAAUUUUUUUCUAAUUCUCACAAAUGGGCACAUUUGUUUGUGUGUGACUUUGGCACUACACAUAAUUUUACACAAGCCCUUCUCUGUAUAUAAUGUUACGGGUACUACAUCAUUCUCAGUGAGUGGCCGUGGCGACAUUAUUGAGUAAUUUUUUUCUAAUCCUCACAAAUGGGCACAUUUGUUAGUUUGUGACUUCGGCACUACACAUAAUUUUACACAAGCCCUUCUAUGUAUAUACGUCUUAUCUAACUUUUACAAGGCCCAACGUUUCAUCGCAGUUCCAUCUUUAAAGGCUAAUCAUUUGCAACCGAUAGCAUUGCAUGUUCAUACAGGGCUGGUGGUACCACAUACUGAAAAAUCCCAUCCAAACUUGCAAAUUUCGAAGGAAUGGGUCAUCAGGGUCAAAGUGUGCUGGAUCACCAGAUAGUAUGUUUCACUGUGUGAAUAGCAAGUUUUUAGGAGCGUCUACAACUGCGAUUGUGUGUUCAUUUGUCAUCCGGACAAGUAAGAAGGGUGCUUCAUUGUGAGGAGAUUCUCUAGUGGCUGCAGUUAUGUCCUCACAACGCCAGAGUGCAUACAGCGUCCUGGAACAGCAGUGGUACUGGACUGACUUUCAAUCUUUUAAACGAACUUACGCACCAGAUCUGGGUCUGCAACAUUGUAACCGGUGUGAACAUUGUGCUAAGCCACACAUCCAUUUACAAUUUCUUUCUAGGAGUUCUUUCGGUCAGCCACAUUUAUUGGUCCUGAUAGACAAAGGGUCUGCAGGUCAUUUGUGCAUUUUCCAUGUGGGCCAUUUGUGCACUUUCCAAAUAUGUUCCAUUCCUGCAACUUGUUAGCAGACUGCCUUGCAGAUUGCUGAAUAAAUAUGUUAUUUGUAUCAAAACACAGUGUGAUCACUUGUGGUCGUUGAAAUUGGCCGAUGAAUUAUCUUGAAGGGAAGAUGGAUUUUUUAGAUUGGUGGUGCAGUCUUCAAGGUACAGUUUCAUGCACUACGAAUGGGGUUCUAUCGCUGUGUGCAUGGUCAGAUAUUUAGCAAGCAGGAAGUUGAAUGUUGAAGACUAAAUUUUAAUAAUGGUAGUAAACAAAUGCUACUAAACACACAUUCAGCUGUAUUGUAUAGAGCUGGAAUAACCUGUGGGCUGUGGCUUGUGGGCAUUGAACACGAUUACUGAAAUGGAGUUUCUAUUUUGACCUCUGUGGAAGCGUGUGGCAUAGGGCAAUUUCCAUUUUCAGGCAUUCCACCUAGAAGAACAUAAGGCAGAACUGGUUGACAUUCGUUGCAGUUGCCUUGAUCUGUCCUUGAAUCAUGGCAUUGUUGCAAAACAUUGUGUAGUACUGUCCUGAAUUGCAUUGAUGUUUCUUUUCUCUCUUAUGCCGUGCAAUGCCAACUGAUGCUUGUCUUCCCUUGGAGCCUGUUGGUAUCACGCACUUGAGGCCCCCAAGAGCGGCUGCCGGCUAUCUCCGCCACCAAAAUAUCUGCCGAGCAUGUUUUUGAAGGGGCCCCACUAUCUCUCCUUCCUUCUGCCUGUGCCCAAGUACGUUAUCGCUUGCAAGACCAGACGCUGCUGAUUUGGAAGUCUGAUUGCGCUUUCUUGAGCUUCUCUGGCUUACGCGUCAUUUGGGUCAGAGUUUGCUGAGGACUCAAGUUUGAAGUGUUUGGCACAAACCCCUACAUCCUCCCAUCUUUUAGACUGCUUAGUACUCUCCUCUGGGACGGAAAACGACCAGGAGCGUUUUCUGCCGUCUUUUCGGUGAAGGCUCCUCUGCAAAGCCUAGGACAUGCAAAGCAAGCACUUGAAAUGAGCCUUUGACGUCGGUCCGAGUUAUUUCAACCCGCACUUCUACAGUAAAGAUGAAGUCUUCCCCAUGCUUUGUUGUUCUGCUUCUGGUAUUUGUGGAUGGCAGGCGUUUUACCAAUGUCAAUGAAUGCAACCAAAACGAAAACAUGCUGGUGCCGGGACACUGGUACGAGUACGAAUUUAUCAUAAAGGCGGAAGCUGCAUCACUGGGCAGCACUGACGACGUUGGCCAGAUGAACUUGGCAUGCCAGGUCAAGGUAUCACACAUUGGCACCUGCAAGUAUGCAUUUGAGGUACACGAGUGUGCAUUCUCCUCUGGAGGGGGCCCUCCCAGUGAGAAGGAACUGUGGAUAGAGCUUGACAACCUCUCGGAGAUAACGAGGUUCCCAGUGGUGGUUUCUCUUUCUGAUGGUGUGGUGACUGGACUGGAAGUUUCGCCCGCUGAGCCAGAACACAUACUCAACAUUAAGCGUGCCAUGAUUUCAGCCUUCGUGUUGAAGAAGUCGCACAUUGUGCAAGGAGCGGAGACAUCGCGUGUGGACAUUCACGGUACCUGUCCUUGGAAAAUGUGGCCCGACACCAAGCCAGGAGUGGCGCACAGCUCCAAAGACAUGCUCUACUGUGCCUUCCCCGAGAGGCCUGAUUGGAACCUGAGUCCUUGGGCCAUCAUGUGGAACCUGCAUUUCAUUCAGUACCUGAUAAAUUCUACGGUCGACUGCACCUAUUGCACUUCUGAAAGUGGUGAGCACGUGGAGUCGCUCAGCUGCCAUGAGAGGCAUGCCAUCAAGCUGGAGUCCACACAUGACACCACAAUGGCCGUCCAGACUAAUGUCUUCUACAGAAUGUUGCUGAAGUCUCGGGGAGCCAUUGAGGCAUCACCUAACGACCUUGGUGACCUCCUUGACUUGGUGCCAGCAGGAAUAGCUUUCAAGCAUCUUCCCACUCCAGAUCCAACAGAGGCGAGACUUCAGGAAAGCGAGAAAGUGAGACUGGAAAGUGCGGCUCGCGACAAGCUGGCCGAGCUCGUGUUCACGGCCGAGACGGAAGUCAAGCUGUUCACAAUUCCACUCUUUCACGAGUUCAUUGAACUGUUGAGAAAGAUGGACUACCUUACGGACUUUGUCGACUCUGUUGCCAACUGCAACCGCAGGCCAGACGAAGGUGGUGUUGGCAAGAAUUUGUGCGCCGAGAAACGGAGUACGUUGGCCAUGUCCUUCUUGCAAGAUGCUCUGAUACAAAGCAACACGGUGCCGACGUUGCGAGCAUUUCGUCAUCUCGUGACCCAUGGCCAUGUGAACCAGGCGUACCUGCCACUCGCAUUCCACUGCUGGAGCUUUCUGCGCAACAACGACACGCGCUACCUGGAUGAAGUUUUUGAAAUCUGCAAGUCUACUGAGCAUCGAAUGUGCUGGCUUCUGUUGGGGCGUAUGGUACGAAAGUACCAUGCCAACAAUGAAGACAAAAAUGCUGUGCUGCCCGUGUUUGACACCAUCUUGAAGCACAUCACUGCUUUUUUUGGUGAGAAGUGUGAUAUCAGCACCGCAUCUUAUCCGCCCUUGUACACCAAGCCACAGAAGAUAAACCAUCUCAUCAUGAUGCUAAAGGCCUUGAGAAAUAUCGGUACCAUAGCCCAGGUGGCCAAUCGUGAUUUGGAGACGACACUGAUGGCCUGUGCUCAUAACCCGGAGCUGCCCAUUCCAAUUGCUGUGUUUGCAGUAGAGGCAAUGCACGAUUUCUGGCCAACGUAUGAAACCUUGUCAUCUGCAAGAAACCUGCUCGGUGACAGAACGAGACCUUGGGAGCUGCGCAUAGCAGUGUACAAGUUUCUGACCAAGGAACCGGACCGCUGGAAGUUUGGCAAAGCGGUUGGCAGUGCCCUGGAUGGCGAGCCCCGACACUCGGAGUUGAUGGACUACGUUGUGUCCGACUUUCUUGACUCGCUUCCUGAAGAAAUCAAGGUGGCUUUGGAAGAAGGGAAGUUUGACAGCGACAGCGUCAUCCCUGGAGAAAAGUUUUACACUGCGGGGAGUCUCUACAGCAGGGACAAAGCACGCAAGUCAAACCGGCGGACAUUCCAACGACACAUCAGGUUGCCUUUCAUGCCGGCUGAGCUCAGUGAGUUUGCUGUCAAAAUUGGCUCGGAAGAAGUGUACGGUGGUUGGAGGAACUUGCUGUCGGACUUCUCUCAAAACGUCACCUUGCAGCUCUUUGGAACCAAGUUUCACUUUGCCGACAUCACCGUUUUUCUCAAAGAGAUGGAGCAGUUUGUGCUCGGUGCAGCACAGCUCAGGGGCGGCUAUUGGCGGCCCGACUGGGAGGCCGUCUUCAACCUGCUUCUGCCAAAAGGAGGCACCACCAGGCUGAAGCAGCCGCUGAAGCAUUUCCCAAAACUACAGGAGGGACUCAAGAGGAUUCUAGACGCGAUGCCACCUGCAGGACGCAUGUCACUCACACCUGUCGUGAACCUGAACAUGUUUGGCACUGACCUGACAUUCUCGAGCUAUGGAGAGAUAGUAGCAGCCAUCGUCAAUGCAUUUGUGCCACCCAAGCCCUUACACCAGCUGCUGAGGCACCCUCGGUCAUUUGACAUGAUGCGCACCAUCCGUGUGAUUGAGGGCUACCAUCAGGUUCCUACCAUGCUGGGCCUGCCACUGAACUGGACCACCAGCGCUACCCUGGUGGCUUCACUGAGAACCGAGGCACACCAGAUCAGCCCAAGCAAUCUUGCUGUCCAAGUGCACCCCAGUGGAGCCCUGACCUUCUUGAACGGCAUGGUGCUUGACUUCCCGACCAAGACACGAAUUGGCAUUCAAGCCAACAGCUCUGCCUAUACAACCACUCAGCUCAAAAUGUUGCUCAGUAUGCAACAGCGAUCCGUUCUCUUCGAGGUAGAAGUUCCGAGGAAAGAGCAGAAGAUACUUCAGCUUUUGCGCACUAAUCAAAUAAUAAAACAUAAUCGUGUUGAAGAAAUGGGUGACUGGAACAUUCAACGUGUCAACAUUGACUGGUGCACUGGUGGUGGCCUUGGACGGGCCAGUGGCCUGCAGUUCUGUCACAACCGGUCGUACGCCAACGUCACUCACCUGAUGAGACCGUGGUUCCUAAUGACUGCUCCUGCAAGUUGGCAAUUUGGGGUCAAGCCAUACAGCAAAGAUGUGACAUCACUUGCAGUUGCCGCCGUACUUCCAUCCAAACACAACAAACUCAGGAUCGACGUCUUCACAAAAGGCACAACUACGAGGAAUCUGCUGACUUACAAAACAAACGCCGAAGGUGGAUUCGAGCUUGUUGCACCUUUCCUGAGGGCAUCUAUGAAGGAAAGAAGAUACUCGGCUGUGCAAGACGAGGCAAGCAGUGUGUUGGUGACUGAAUACAUCUUUGGGCAUGCACCAGGCGAGCAACUUGUGCUCACGUAUGAGGACUGCUACAAGCACGAGCAGAGGCAGAAGAUGACCAAGGAGACCAACCGCGUUCUAGGAGGUACAAACGUGAUGGUCGGUGUGAGGCAGCGAUCGCUGAACGUGCAGACGAGCGCCAACGUCUAUGGGCUCUCGUGGACAGUGAACAUGCAGUCGUCUGGUGUCAAGCAGGAGCUGAGAUUCAACUUCGAAAGAGGACCUGAUGGCGAUGUGGGCUGGAUCAGAGAGCUGCUGGCAGAUGAGUUCUUCACGGAAAAUGGUUCCGGUGCCUGGGCUUAUUUGCUGCUCCACUGGAAGACACCCGCCACUGUCGGCAAACACAAGGUGGUGCAGUCCUCGCAUGGUCAUCUAUCAACUCCCAAGACAUCACUCGACCUCUUAACUUACUCACUCGAGUCCAGGUCGCGACAUCUUUUCCAAAUUAAUCUCACUAAAGUGGAGAAGGCUACACAGAGGUUCCUGGCCUUUGCCAACUACACUCAAGAGCAUUGGAUGCACAUGAAAGGAGACUCAACGAAGCGCCACGCCCUCUACAACCUCACCGUCUCCCACCACUCCUGGGCUCUCAAGUUCGAAGAAGAGUCACGGAAGAGCACGCCCGAAGUUAGGGGACAGCUUGUGCUGCUCACCGAGAAAAUGCAGACACGUCAGUCCGAUUGGGGAUUCUUCAGUACAUGGUGGCAUCCCAGUACCAGCCAUCUUUUUGAGGCCAUACAUGGGAAGACCAAGCUUUUGUGGAUAACCAAGCUUCUUCAUGGAAGGGACUUCAAAAAGGGUUUGCAUGCUACUUCCCUGGAAGCUACACUGCAGCACCAUUAUGCAGACAAUGACCCUAUUUCACUGAAGCUUGAUGGAAAUCUCACACUUACGCCAUCAGGGGUCGAAGUUGGCUGGCUGCUAGACUCACCCAGCAGUGAACUCAAGUGGGAGGUGUAUUCAAAAUAUGCUGCACCAGCAAAGGGUGCUGCCAGCCUCCCUGCCGAGGUCACCUAUGUCUCCAUCAUUCACCACAAGGAGAAGCCAUUUGGUGCAUACCGGCUGCAGGUGAGGAGCUCCACGGAGCCCUGCCUGACAUGGGAGCUCCGGCACAACAUCACGUCUGAACCAUGGCUGUACACCUCAAAUGUCUCCUACGCGUGCGACCCUCUCACACACGGAACUGAUGUGGCUAAGGCACACAUGGACCUUACAGUUCUCUCCGAGUCACCUCUCUGGAAACUUCUGAAUGUGGACCUGAAACAGGCCUUUGAACUUGGCACAGCUGGUCAUGAAGUGAUGAAUUUGACAUCUCCGUACGGUCAAGUGGUGGUGACUGGUCGGUGGGAUGCGCAGUCUAUGGUGAAAGAAUCAAGAUUUACUGACAAGAACUCGAACUGGACACCACUGGAAACAACUUACAAUGAGAAUAAGGGCAGCUGGAUCUUCGAUGUGAAGUUGACCCUGUAUCAGGCAUCUACAGCCUCCAAGACGAUGCAGCUUUCGAAACAGUUGAGGCGAAGGGGUGCAGCCAUUGUCUACGAUGCCAGGAUCAUCUACAACCUUCAGGACUUGGACCCACAGGGCCAAGAAGUGAGUGUGUUCCGGGCAGUGGUUGUGCCCCACCAUUCGGAGAAGGCAGUUCGAGCUCUGGUGAAUGAGGCUGCAAUCAAGGAGCUGCUCGACUCUGCGAGUCGUGCCACAGCAGAGUACAUGCGCACUGUUGCUGCUGCCCUGUGCAAUCCGAGACACCCUGUCAACGUGAUUAUCUACCCGCUAACUGGAGCUCCCUUGACAGAAACACUUGACAAGGGAAGAGAGAAGAUACACAGCAUGUUCACCGAAGCAUGGAAAACAUCCCGCGAAGUACUGGGAACAUUCCAUGCAAUCUAUGAUCCUGUUCUCUACACCUGCUCUGGUUUUGUUAAAAAAGCAGCCACAGCAUUGAAUGAAACUCAUGGAGCCUUCAAGCAAACAAUUCCUGGCUGGGCAUUGUACUACUUCAACCUUGACAGGGUGCUUGAGUAUGCUGUGCAUCACGUGCCUGAGCUGUCGGCACAGCUGGCCAGGAUAUACUUUACACGGCCAACCAGGUUGCCUCACGUGGUGGAAAUCUCUGCCAACGUACCACACUCUCAUUUGCAUAGCAUUGUUGAACAAAUGGCAAGUGGUUUUUUGAAGACUCAGAUCGCACAGUCGUGGUCACUGCCACGGCUCAAGAAAGGCCAGAAGGUGGCGGCCAUUUUCGGCACCGGGCACGUGGUGACCUUCGACGGUGUGUUUCUCGAAUUUCCCAGCUACCCGGCUUCGUACUGCAUGUACCUCCUUGCGCACGACAUUGGCGGUCGACAGUUUACGCUGACAACCAGUGCCAAUGACCUGCUCAUUGACUUUCCCGAGAUCACUCUCACAAUAUCGGGACUGGAUGGCAGAGUUCUCAUCAAUGGAAGUGAUGCUCUUGUACAUCUUCCUCUGGUGCUCAAAUCUGGCCAAGUGGACGUGUAUCGGGAAGGUCAUCUGGUGAGAGUGCGAGGACAUGGCUUGACCAUUUACUGCGACACCAGCAAGUUUUUCUGCACAUUUGUAUUAGACCAGUCUCACCACAGCAACCUUCUCGGAACACUCGGCAAUGCGGAUGGCUAUACUGGCAACGAAUACGAGCUACCCAACGGGCGGGUUGCCAAGGAUGCUGCACACCUUGCUGCUAGCUAUGAAUUGAGCGGCUAUUCCGAGUGCCGGGCACUGCUCAACCCGGUCAAGAGUGUGCAGGAGAAUGCAGACGAGUGCCGGCAGAGAGUGCCCCAGAGCCUCAAGCACUGCCUCAUGGAGACCGGCAUGGAGGAGCUGUUCCAGGAGGCCUGCUCCUGGGACGUCAGCCAGCGAACAAGUGCCUGCACCAGCAUCAAUGCCAUGGCGGCCUUCUGCACUCACCACGGCUUUUGGGUGGAGAACCUGUACUGUGACCACUGCCUGAACUUACCAGAAGCGCAAGGCCACAAGAGCUUCCGCGUUAAUUCGAGGCCUCAGCUCGAGGUGGUUGUGCUGUUGGCCGAAAGCUCGUUCGACCCCCAGGUUACCACUGCUGUGCUCGCUGGCACUCAGAAGCUGGUGGAUGCCGUAGACGCCUGUUUCAAGGCACACGGCCACGAUACCAAGUAUGCCUUUGUGCUCAAUGGUGGCGGCAGCAGUCACCACUACCGUAACCCUCACUUGCGUACUGCAACCAAGGAUGUCUUUGUGUCGCUCACUGACGCUGCUGGCAAGCUCCUCAACAGUGUUGGUCAGAGCAGCCAGACUGCGGCCAUCGAUAUUGCAUUGACUCUGGACUACGCCCUGGACACUGUCCCUUUCAGUGCUGAAGCAGCCAGGGUGGUCUUGGCCAUUUCUGCGAACGAUUUCAAUAGCUCUCAAAGUGAGCGGGACAUGCUUCACGACAAGGUGCUGCUCUCUGGUGUCACCGUGUACGCUUUCUCUCACUACCCAACGGUGGACCAGCGAGGCCGCGUGUUUGGACUGCGAGCUGACGGGCUCAUCUUUCCCGAGAGUACGGCUGGCGAGGAGUACCUCGACUACCCAUCCAGGGCAGGACUGCUGGCCAAGCUGGCUGCUGCCACCAAAGGAUCGGCCUUUCAGGUCCAAUUCGUUGAAGCCGGCCUGCCUGCCGAGUUCUUCACUGCAGUUGCCCAAGAAAUUUUCGCCAAAGUUGGCAAGGAGGCAAGAGGCUGUAGAGACUGUGAAUGCGACAGGGGUCGCGCAUGGAGCUCUGUAGCUCGCUGCAGGCCAGUUGGCUGCUGAGGUCACAGUUUCAACUGGGGUCAGCAUUUAAUAUUGCUACUCGGGCUGUACGCACUAGAUGGAAUGUGAACAAAUUACUUUUUAAAGUUGCUUUACAACUGGAUCAGUAGCUUACAGUGGCACAAAGCUUGAACACUAGAAGAGAAAGCAGUACGUUAGAAUCAGGCAGACUGGCAUUUGAUCUUUCACAAGCACGAUGCGAAGAUCACAUGAUUGCCUUUGCAUCUCAUACUAACUAUUACAACUGCUGCUAAAAGAGAUUAAAUUUUAAAUGUUAGUUUGUGUGCCCUUAUUCUGGCAUCAGUCAGUCCUCUCGUGCUUGAAAACAAGAUUCAGAGGUAAUGCAUUAAGCAUGGCAUUUUAAGUUUCCAACUUCACAGGUAAAGACUUAACGUUGUUGGUGCAGACAGCCACCAUAAACAUGAACGCAGUCACCCUUUGUACAAUUAAGACAACAAUGAACUACUACUGCAUAUAAUGAAGUAAAUAGAUAUUUCUCAUGUACAUUGAUGACAGUGGCUAUUGGAACAGCUUGUCAGUCAUUAAUUGGGACAAAGUAUAGCACUACACCGGGAAUUGAUUGAAACUCUAACCAAAAGUUUGUGAAGAAACCUGACGUUUUGGAACUGACUUGGUUUCUUCCUCAGGGGAAACUGAGGCCACGUAACAGUGGCAUCUUCAAAGCACUUGUGGGGCGGUUAAUGACCCCUUUCUCUCCCUCUCGUUGUGCGGUGGAGCGCAGUCCGUGUGUAUACACUGUGGAAAGGGUUUCGAGAGAGCGGUCAAUGUUUCGGGCCGUUCGCGAGAAGGUUUCCAAGAGAGCGGUUGACCUUUUUGAACCGUACGUUGUAUGUGCCACGACUAGGUUACUACUCGAGUCGUGGCACAUACAGCGAAUGACCCAAAACAUCAAACACUCUCUCGGAACCCUUCCCAUAGUGUAUACACAUGGACUGCGCUCCACGGCAAAACAAGAGAGGGGUCAUUAACCGCCCCACGAGUGCUUUAUAGAUGCCGCUGCUACGUAGUCCCAGUUUCCCUUGAGGUUAUAACCAACCCAUUUCCGAAACAUCGAGUUUUUUCACAAACUUUUGGUUGGAGUUUAAAUCAUUUCCCAGUUUUCAUACCCAACCAGACAGACAUCUGUCAAAUGUUUACAUUCAAGCACUACACCAACAUGUAAGAAGAAACAUUGCAAACACAAUAUUCAAAUGUUAAUGGUUAAUCCCAUUUGGAGGUAUGCUAUAUGGUUACAGGCAAAUGUGGUUCUGAAAUAUUAAUUAAGGAGUCCGAACAUACAAUCAUAUCUACUGCUUCACUGACCAGCAAACUUUUCGCAUAUCCACCAACCUAGGCGUCUAGUGUGCCACAAUAGGUCGCACUUGUUUGCAGCCCUUGCAAGUCCUCCCAGUUUCUUUUUUUGUAUGUGGUAUCCUUGCUCAAAAUGUGUAUAGAUUUGUGAUGUGCAUAACUAGAGCAUAAUUAGAGCUGGUCAUGAAAUAAAUAUUUUCUUAUUGAA